GUUUCAUACAAACAAUGCUUCGUUUGGACAUCGCUAUAGUUAGCUCGUACAAUACCGUCUAAAGGCCAUACCAGAAACAUGAGCGGUACAGUUCGCCAGAUCACUCUGACUACUGAUCCAGGAACUCCCUACUUCUUGCGAGUGGACUGGGCCGAAGACCUGGGUGCUGGGUUCACCUUGGCUCUCACUGAUGGAAGCUCAGCAUGGAUUGGAGAAGUUUCAGAGGAUGAGGUGACAAGGGAAGCCAGUGACAUGGGAGUUACAAGGGAGAGAUAUGUGGAGGAUCUUCUUCAAGCGUUAACAAAAAGGGAAGGAGGAAGAGGAAGAGGAGGGAGGAGAGGAGGCGACCAAGAGGUGUAUUCUUUCCACCUCACUCCAGAUCACUGUCGCUUCUCGUAUCAGAAGACCUGUAAUGACAUUUCGGUGCACUUGGGCUCUGUGGAUCUCCAGCCGUCUCCCGACCCUCUAGAGCUGACCCGGGAGAUGAUCAGCCAGUCCCUAAAGCACAGCAGAAAUCUGGAGACUGAAAACUCCCAGUUGUUGGAGGAGAACCGUAGACUGAAACAGGAUCACCAACGAAUACUCACAGAGCUGCAGCAGCAGGUUCAGGAUAAGGAGCUUUUAGAGAAGGAGCUGUAUUCACGUUUUGUCAUGGUGCUAAAUGAGAAGAAGGCCAAGAUCAGAGGCCUGCAGGAUGCUGUCCGUCAGCUCCACCAGACCGAUGACCAGCAGGGAGAUAAGGAACUACCGAGUGAUGCAAGUCAAGAUGAAGAAGGGAGCCAGGACAGAAGAGAGGAGACGGUUCAGAGCAUCCAUCCAUCUCAGGAACCAACUCUCCUUCUCACAGGUCGUAAUUUGGAGUGCCAGGGCAUCUCUAUUGACCCGACUUUUUCCGAUGAUGAGGACGAACAACCGAGACGGAAGAGAAGGUCGCUUCGCCCUCUGAGCCCAGAGUCAUCUCAAGAGCAAUAACACUGCAGAACUCCGCAGGUUGCGCGCUACCUUCUGUGCUGGCGUAAAGACUUUGCCUGAAUACGUUAGCAGUCAUGUGAUAACAGGCGCUUUGCUCCCUCGGUGCUUUCUCGGGAUCCGAUGAGGUUUCCGCUAAUGACUUGGAGAACAUGGUAGAGGAUCUGGACCAGGAAUAUGGAAGCAAUUUCUCAAGAGUUCGACUUCGCCCUUAGCUUGAAAUUGCCUGCCAAGCCCCUCGGCCUCAGCUCCGUGUGAGACUGAAGCAAGAGUAACAACUACUGAGGGACAACAUGCUACACCCAGAAAACAGGGUGUCACCAACGAGGAACCAAAGCUGCUUUGUUGCUGCUCAUUCAUCAUGCCUUGCUGAUGUUUUCCUCCCUCUUUUCAUUAUGCAAAUAAACUAUACGCUGCCUCUUUCAUUUCCGCUUUCUAAACCAGCAUUUUGCGAAAGCUAAUUUGACCUCCCCCCCUUUUUUCCUUGUUUUCAUCUGCCCUUUUAUUCUGUAGAUGUUCUGUGGCCCAAACUACCUGAUGCGUGUUUUCCAGAGCGUUAAUAGGAUUAUGUUUUCUCUCACUGUCUUCACUUCUUCACCUC